AUGUGGCUCGGUGCAGGAGGGAACGAGAGUAGCUGUGCGGCUCAAAACCUCGCCGUCUUGUGCGUUUGCGACCGAGGAAGUCGCAGCUCAGGAUCCCAGAGAGCAGUUAGGGAAGCUUCCAGUCUGUGCUCCUGUCUUACAUCUGCAUUUGCAACAUGCAACUGCAAGAUCCUGGACUUUAAGUGUGCCUGCACUUGCCGUACAUUUCGAUCAUUCUCAGAAUCCUGCACCGACACUUCUUGCAGCAGCAUGCCCCCAAAGCCGUUACUUGAUAAUAUCGACGGAACAUGUAAAGUCAGCAGCAUUGUAACAUCGCGAUCGUCGUCCAGUAUAUCGGCAACGUCGACUUCGAUUACCUCAAGCCUAGUCACUACAGAGUCUUCAAUGACCAUGACCAUAACGAUUCUUACGGUAGCCACGUCGUCUGAUCCACUCAGAACCACAGAUUUAAACAGAUCUUGGGGUGCUGGUAUCACGGAUACGAUAGAAUCCGAGGGACCAUCAGAAACAGCGGUGCGAGGCGAUCCGUCCAUAUCUCCAGGCGAUCCGAAUAUCUUCGACAAGACUAGAGGGCCAGGUUUCACGUUAAGUGCGUCAAAUCUUUCUAUACAUACCACGACUAUGUCUCGAAGCAUACAAUCUUACCGGUAUCCGUUCAGCAACGGAACAGGAAGAAUAUGGAACGGCAGCGCGACGUGUACGAGCUAUUCAGGGCCAGAGUACACGGCAGGAGUGGCAUCUGGGACAGUACAAAGAUCGGCGUUGAUCACGGUAGGACUACUCUUUCUGCUUGCAAUGGUAUUAAUUUUCACCACUGGCGUACGAGUACGCUGCGCCGUCUUUGAGUCCGGUCGAUCCCAUGACACUCUGCACAAAGAGUCUGAUCCCAACAAUACCAAGGGUACGAUUCGGACAAUCAUUUGCGACGGUAGAUCAGUAAUCAUGUCUUGA